AUGGCGUCCGCGAUGCCCAAGUCGCUUUCCGCGCGACGCGUGUGGUUCGACCAGUUCGUCUCGCCGGGUCGCGUGCUCACCGCGUCCGUGCUCGGACGACCCACAGAAAAACUCGAAUCGCUGUAUAAAAUCGGGGGAAAACUGGGCCAAGGCCAGUUCGGCGUGACGUAUCUAUGCACGGAGCUCGCUACGGGCAAGGAGUACGCGUGCAAGACGAUCGCCAAGAAGAAACUGAUCACCGCGGAGGACGUGGCAGAUGUGAAACGCGAGGUGGCCAUCAUGCACCACCUGGCGGGCCACAAGAACAUUGUGUGCAUCAAGGGCGCGUACGAAGACGCGUACGCCGUUCAUAUCGUCAUGGAGUUGUGCUCCGGUGGGGAGCUGUUCGACCGGAUCAUCAAGAGGGGGUACUUCAGUGAGCGCCAAGCAGCCACGUCGAUCCGCACGAUAGCGCGGAUAGUGGAGACGUGCCACUCGCUGGGCGUGGUGCACCGCGACUUAAAGCCCGAGAACUUCCUCCUCGCAGACAGGACGGAGAACGCCGACCUCAAGGCCACCGACUUUGGCCUCUCCACCUUCUUCAAACCAGGCGAGUUCCUAUCAGACGUGGUAGGCAGCCCCUACUACGUGGCACCGGAGGUGUUGCGGCGGCGCUACAGCAAGGAGGCGGACAUCUGGAGCAUGGGCGUCAUCCUUUACAUCCUGCUGUCGGGAGUGCCGCCUUUCUGGGCUGACACGGAGCAGGGCAUAUUCGAGGCGGUGCUAAGAGGCAACAUCAACUUCGCGGUGCAGCCCUGGCCGUCCAUCAGUGAGGACGCCAAGGACCUCAUCCGCCGCAUGUGCUGCCUCGACCCCACCCGCCGCCUCACUGCCUACCAAGUGCUCUGCCACCCGUGGGUGGCUCAAGACGGAGUGGCACCGGACCGGCCUCUGGACGCAGGCGUGUUGUCUCGCCUCAAGCAAUUCUCGGCAAUGAACAAGCUCAAGAAAAUGGCUCUGCGGGUGAUCGCAGAGUCGCUAUCAGAGGAAGAAAUAUCAGGGCUGAAGCAGACGUUUGAGAUGAUGGACACAGACAGAAGCGGCACCAUCACGUUUGAGGAGCUCAAGGCGGGUCUGCAUCGCAUCGGUGCCAACAUGAAGGACAGCGAGGUGCAGGAGCUGAUGGACGCGGCUGACUUCGACGGCAACGGCAUGAUAGACUAUGGAGAGUUCUUAGCAGCCACGAUGCAUUUGAACAAGAUUGAGCGAGAGGAGACGCUGUUUGCGGCGUUUUCGCAUUUCGACAAGGACAGCUCGGGAUUCAUUACAGUGGACGAGCUGCAGCAUGCUUGUAGGGAGUACAGCAUCGAUGAGGACUGCAUUGUUGAAACGAUGCGCGACGUCGACACUAACAAUGAUGGGCAGAUUGACUACAACGAAUUUGUGACUAUGAUGAGGGCUGGGAACGGUGGCAUUGGGCGGAAGAGCCUGGGCGGCAGCUGGACCAGUGGGAAGCUUCUGAGAGACUUGUUGACACAUGGCUCCGCAAUGUAUGACGCCGCAGCAGCCGCACGAAGCUCCUUCUCUCCCCCUCCCACCUGCCAAAAGGCUGCGACUGUUCGGAUUGUAGCGUCGCCCGCUGUCGCUCAACCUCCCUGCGACGGCUCGUCGUGCGACAUUGCUAGGUCGUCGCUCGCGUCGCCCACGUCGCAGACGCUUUCGGGAACAAGCAGUUCAAGCUCAAGUGAACGGUUACCAUCCCCGCUUUUCCCGCUUUCUGAUCCGUCGAUGCCCGAUCCUACCACCGCUGUGACAGCGGCUCGUAACCGCGCUUCAGAUCCUUGCCACGUGUCGUCAUCCACGCCGUCGCUUACGGAUCUUGGCGACGACAUCCUGCGACAGAUUCUCCAGGCGAUGCGGCCGACGGCGUGGGACCUCAGCCGCCUUGCUUGCGUCAGCGUGACAUGGAAGAACCUCUGCUACAGCCGGCAAUUCUGGACGAAGCUUCGCAUCGGCUCUGGCGCCAUGCACCCCGGUAUGGCAAAGCUCGCGCCGCGUUGCAGGAGCCUCACGGACCUCUUUAUUGACGACCCGCGGUGCGAGCUCCACGUACUUAAUCCCAUCAUCGUCGCUUGCGCCUCGUCGCUGCGCCGCGUCGUCCUAGACUGCGACUCGAUCGCCGCGGCGGCGGUAGCCGCGGCUCCGGGACCCGCCGCCGCCGCCGCAGCCGCCGCCGGGAACGGCGCCCCUCGCGGGAGCGCGGAAUCGUCGAUUUGCAAUCUCCUAUGGCUCAUCUCACUCCACUGCCGCAACGUCUCGAAAAUAGAGCUUCUCUCCUCGCGCGCUUCCGCAGCCGCCGCGGCCGCAAACUCCGCGAGAAUUGGCGCACGAAACGGCGCGGGCAACGGCGCAACCAACGGCGCAGCGAACGGCGCGAGCACGAGCUCCGCGUUCGCGAUUCUGCUGGAGUCGCGACUAAUGUGGUUUCUCACGACCGCGUUCCGCGGGAUCCGGCACUUCUUGUGCGUAGUCCCCAACAGCAUGACGACGCAGACGACGUGUCUGAUGGCGAUCGCAUGGCGUCGCCUGUCGUCGCUGCGGCUCCACUGCGGCGCGCUCCAGUUCGCCGACCUCCUGGCGCUGCGGAAAUGCGGCGCACUCAAGAGCCUCGAGCUUGUGGGCGGCAAACUGGAGGAUAAGUCCAAUACAGCUGCUGCCUCACUAGGGUUCGGUUCUCAGGGGCAGCCAGAGGAAGGGGAGAGAUUGGCUAGUCUGGAGGUGCUUGUAUUGAACGGGUGUGACUAUGACCCUGUGACUGUGGCCAAUCUUGCCUGGCACGCGCCGAAGCUGCAGCGGAUCAUAGUGAAGGGUGGGAGUCGAGACAUCAGUGCGGCACAGAGCAGGUUGGUCACGGGGAGCAGCACACAGCCAGUCUCCAAGUCACUCCCAUCCUCUCUCCCUCGCAUGCUCGUGCCAUGGUUGCAGCGGCUGCAGCAGCAGCGAUUUCGGCGAGGACAGGCAACCAGACGGCAGGAGAUUCUGAAUGGCUGGCUGGGAUUGUUGAUGCAUUGA